AUGGACGUCUCCCAGGCCGUCGCAGGCUACAUCGCCAAGGUGGUGACGACUACUGAUACAUCAUCCUCCAAGAUGAAGAUCUUGCUGCUGGACCGGGAAACUGUCAAUAUUGUCUCCACCGCUGUCACCCAAUCCUCCCUCCUGAACCAUGAGGUCUAUCUCAUUGACCGCCUUGACAAUACUGGCCGCGAGAAGAUGCGCCACCUGCGUUGUCUCUGCCUCGUUCGCCCAUCCGCCGAAUCCAUCCAGCUGCUCAUAGAUGAACUGCGGGAUCCCAAGUAUGGCGAGUACCAUCUGUACUUUACCAACGUCGCCAAGAAAUCGUCGCUCGAGCGGUUGGCCGAGGCCGACGACCACGAGGUUGUCAAGGUCGUCCAAGAGCAUUUUGCCGACUACACUGUUAUCAACCCAGAUCUUUUCUCGCUAGGUCUGACUCUUCCACAGCAACGCAUCUGGGCCGGCAGUCCAGAUACGUGGAACCCGGACUCGUUGCAGCGAUGUGCUGAGGGGCUUAUCGCUGUGCUCCUGUCUCUCAAAAAGAAGCCGCUCAUCAGAUACGAGAAAGCGAGCCCCCUGGCCAAAAAGCUGGCGUCUGAAGUUCGCUACCUGAUGACCCAGGAAGACCAGCUAUUCGACUUCCGGAAAGUGGACACCCCUCCGAUUCUGCUCGUCCUGGACCGCCGAGAGGAUCCGGUAACGCCGCUUCUGACACAGUGGACAUACCAAGCCAUGGUUCAUCACCUGCUGGGUAUUCAGAACGGCCGUGUUGAUCUAAGUGGCGUCCCAGAGGCCGGUCCGGAGUUGAAGGAAAUCGUUCUCUCCCAAGAUCAGGAUCCCUUCUUUAAGAAGAACAUGUUUCUCAACUUUGGUGACUUGGGUGGGAAUAUCAAGGAGUACGUGGGGCAAUAUCAGUCCAAGACGCAAAACAAUGCAAACAUCGAGUCCAUAUCGGACAUGAAACGCUUUAUUGAGGAGUAUCCCGAGUUCCGAAAGCUCUCUGGCAACGUGAGCAAGCAUGUCACUCUUGUCUCUGAACUCAGCCGACGCGUCGGGGCUGAGAGUCUGCUCGAAGUGAGCGAGCUAGAACAGAGCCUGGCGUGUAAUGACAACCAUGGAAACGAUUUAAAGAAUAUUCAACGAUUAAUCCAAUCGCCAAGUGUCACAUCCGAGAGCAAGGUAGGGCUCGUGGCUCUGUACGCUCUCCGGCACCAGAAGCACCCUUCAAACUCCCUUGCGAUGUUGAAAGAUCUCCUCGUGGCUGCCGGGAAUGUACCUCCUCGACGGGCUGACCUUGUCGACAAGGUCCUGCAAUACCAUUCAUCCCUCCAUUCGUCUCAGUCACAGGGUGGUAUCUCGGACAUCUUUGAGUCGGCAGGUAUCUUCUCGGGCGCUUCGAGCCGGUUUAAAGGUCUGAAGGGCGUCGAGAACGUAUACACCCAGCACAGCCCGCUGCUAGAGACCACACUGCAGAAUCUUAUCAAGGGCCGGCUGAGGGACCAGCAGUAUCCAUUCGUUGAAGGGGGAGGUUCAACGAAGGACAAGCCGCAGGACAUCAUCGUCUUUAUCGUCGGCGGUGCCACAUAUGAGGAGGCCAAGAUGAUCACUGGGCUUAACGCGACAACUCCGGACCUAAGCCUGCCGUUUGGCGGCGUCAAUGGCAGGUCGGGAGACGGCGAUAUCUUGCGACCUAGGCCGUUCGAUGUUGUCGUGAUCGGAGGCGGCCAUGCUGGCGCGGAAGCUUGCGCUGCGGCCGCGAGAGCCGGUGCUCGAACGGCGUUAAUCACACCCAAGCUUGACAACCUCGGGACAUGUUCCUGCAACCCUAGCUUUGGAGGUAUUGGUAAGGGCACGAUCAUCCGCGAGAUCGAUGCUCUCGAUGGCCUGGCGGGAAGGAUAAUCGACAAGGCUGGAGUCCAGUUCCACACACUGAACCGCAGGAAGGGUGCCGCUGUCUGGGGACCCCGCGCCCAGAUCGACCGAGACUUGUACAAGAAACACAUGCGAGACGAGCUCACGUCGUAUCCGAACCUCUCUAUCAUCCUCGAAAGUGUCUCCGAUAUCGUACUUUCCGAAGAGCUAGAGUCCACCGACGGCGCAUCAAGUCGCAUCGCCGGCGUUCGACUUGAAUCUGGUCAGGUCGUGCCGACGAGCAAGGUCAUCAUCACGACAGGAACUUUCCUCGGCGGAGAGAUACACAUUGGAUUGAAAGCUUAUCCGGCAGGGCGAUUAGGAGAAGCUGCAACUUUUGGGUUGAGCAAAUCGCUGCGAGACGCAGGCUUUCAGCUGGGUCGACUCAAGACGGGUACGCCUCCGCGAAUCGCCAAGGAGAGCAUCAACUUCGACAUACUGGAAACACAGUUGGGCGAUGAACCGCCAUCGCCCUUUAGCUACCUCAACGAGACUGUCUCGGUACAGGAGCAGCUGACCUGCAGCGUUACGUACACCAACGACGCGAGCCACCAGGUCGUCCGCGACAACCUCGAGAACACCAUUCACAUCCGCGAGACCAUCAAGGGACCUCGCUACUGUCCCUCCCUUGAGGCUAAAGUGGUCCGGUUCGCUGACAAGGACCGUCACAUUGUGUGGCUUGAGCCAGAGGGCUUCAACAGCAAUGUCAUUUACCCCAACGGCCUCUCGAUGACGAUUCCUGCCGAGGCACAGGAGCAGGUCUUACGAAGUAUCCCUGGAUUGGAGGACUGUGAGAUGCUCCAGCCCGGUUACGGCGUCGAGUACGACUACAUCGACCCCCGCAGCCUUAAAUCCACACUGGAAACAAAGGCCAUUAGCGGUCUCUACCUUGCGGGACAGAUUAACGGGACGACGGGAUACGAGGAAGCGGCUGGCCAGGGCGUGAUCGCGGGUAUCAACGCCGGACGAUCUGCACAGGGGCUCCCCGGGGUUUCCUUGUCGAGAGGUGAUGGCUACAUCGGCAUUAUGAUCGACGACCUCAUCACCAAGGGCGUCACGGAGCCGUACCGCAUGUUCACAUCUCGUAGCGAGUUCCGCAUGUCCGCGCGGGCCGACAACGCUGAUUACAGGCUCACCAGCAAGGGCAAGGAAUGGGGCGUCAUCUCGGAGCAGCGCUGGAAGGCGUUCCGUGACGAGCGUCAGCAAGUUGAUGACCUUACCAAGGCUCUCAGGGCGGUGUCUUUCAGUCCGCAGCAGUGGCAGGACAAGGGCUUUAAUCUGAAGCUGAACUCGCAGCGCCGCGACGGCAUUGACAUGCUCCGCCUGUCGAGCGCAAGCACGCGUGUCGAGCUGGAGCAGCUGAGCUCCGUCGUGCCCGAGAUUACGCAGUAUUCGCCACGUAUCCACACUCGAGUCGUUACUGAAGCUUUCUAUGCGCCGUACAUCAAGAUGCAGGCCACCGAACGUGGCCAGUUUACCAAUGGUGAGAGGAUCCAGCUUCCUCUGAGCCUGGACUACGAUGAGAUCCCUGGGUUGGCAAUCUCGGAGAAGGAGGCACUUAAAGCGGCCAGACCAGAGACUCUUGCGCAUGCACGUCGAGUCGAGGGUGUGACUCCAGCAGGGAGCCUUCGGCUCCUGGCGUAUGUUCGCCGCCGGCCGUCACGGUCAGCCCCGGAAGAAACAAACGAAGCGGCGUGA